AACACCAACUAUUUAUUCUAGUAUCUUCUUUAACUCUUCUUGCUCCAUUCUGCCGUGCUUCCUUCUUGUUCCCAAAUAAUGACGGUGAUCAAUGGAAAUAGUUGUGUGAGGAUUGAACGAAGGGUACUUGAAGCGCCCAAAAAUUUGAUGGAGGUAAUCCUCAUAUUAUCAGAAGCGAUAAUAUUGCUUUGUUACACCGAGAGACGCCACAUCUUCAACUUGCCCAGAGCCAUCGCUCACGCUGUGUUGGACAAGGGUAAGAAAAUGAUUGGAAGUGAAUGCCGAGAAAGAAGUGAUUGUGCAGAAGUCCAAGGCCGUCAAAUUUUAAAGGAGUUAUACGAGUUGAAGAGAUUGUUGACACAUGCCAUGNUUUUCAGCACCGGCAAACGCUUUNUGGCAUUUCUAUUUGCUGCAGGAUUCGAUAAGGAGGAUGUCCUCUAUAGGAAGAGAACAGCUAGGAUUCUGAAGCCUGCUUUCACGGUUAUACGUGAUAAAGAAUCAGAAUGUUUGCUNGUGUUCGUCCGUGGGACUCGUAGCAUAAAAGACACUCUCACAGAUGCACUGUGUGCUCCUGUCUCUUUCGAUCACAACAUGGUUUCAGGAUAUGCUCACCGUGGUAUGGUUGCUGCAGCUUCUUGGAUUAGAAAACGCUGCAUUCCUGUACUACUUGAAGCUCUUCAUCAAUACCCCCACUUCAAAAUCAAGAUCGUUGGACACUCCCUAGGUGGUGGUACUGCUGCACUGUUGACUUAUAAGCUUAGAGAAAUUCAACAGUUUUCUUCAACAACUUGUGUCACAUUUGGCCCAGCUGCGUGUAUGACAUUGGAGUUAGCAGAGUUCGGAAAACCCUUUAUCACUUCCAUUGUAAAUGGUUUUGACAUAGUGCCAACACUGUCAGCUUCUUCUGUUCAUGAUUUCAUUGCUGAGGGUCGGAAUAAGGAUAAAAACAUCUCAAGCGCAGUUGGAACUCACAUAUCUUUUGCCAAAGCCAUUGCAGAACAUGNAGUAAACUGUUGCACCGAGGUAGCUUCAAGCUCCCUUCUUUAUAAUAUAUAUUUAAAAUUGAAAUCUCAGUCUGUGUUUUAUAGGUAUUAACAUUAGACACUAAAGAGAGUUUACAAUUAAUUGAUUCGGUGAUGUUAUUUAUUAUCUUAUUCAACAUUGAU